CAUCUCCAAUUUCUGGCCAGAUGAGUUUUUCGCAUAGAAUGCUCAUCAGGUCCAGCAAAAAUUGACGUCACUUUCUCUCUACAAUCAUUUCGCCGAUUGUGCCCUAAAAAAUCACAGUGAUGCAAGGUUCUGUAGCUGGUGGAACUUAUGUUCAUAAUUGUAGAGCUGGGUUGACUGUGAUAUGUUGUGUUUUUUCAGGGGUGUUGUAAUUGAUUAGGCCUUGCAAUAGGAGUUUAUUUGGGGAUGUUGGUUCAGUUUGUUUCCGAAGUUCGGAUUAAUUGAGGGGCUGUAGGAAUAACAGUGAUUGUGGGGCAAUUGAAGGAGGUGAAAUUUUGAUUUGGAGUUGCAAAAAUGUAUAGGCCUGUGACGGCAACCACCACCCGGGGUGGAUUACCUACUGAGAAUGGGGAUUCUGUGGUUACACUUGAUCAAGUGCCAUGUUGGAGCGAUGCUGAGUAUAGGUCUCCGUACGAGAACGAAGAUCCUGGCUUUUCGAGUUCAUACUUUCCCGACCCUUUAUCUUCUGCUUCGGGGGCAGGGAGUAGUGGAAAUGGGAUGGUUUCCAGGUUUCCAGUUGAUUAUGAAAUUAACUCAAGGAUCUAUCUGUGGAGAGGGAACCCUUGGAAUCUUGAGGUAGACGCUGUUGUUAACUCCACAAAUGAGAAUCUGGAUGAAGCACACAGCAGUACCGGUUUACAUGCUGCAGCUGGACCUGGUCUUGCAGAAGAAUGUGCAACACUGGGUGGCUGUCGGACGGGGAUGGCAAAAGUUACUAAUGCAUAUGACCUUCCUGCAAGGCGGGUUAUUCAUACAGUUGGCCCCAAGUAUGCUGUAAAAUAUCAUACCGCUGCAGAGAAUGCUUUGAGUCAUUGCUAUAGGUCUUGCCUAGAACUUCUUAUUGAGCACGGGCUUCAAAGCAUUGCUAUGGGCUGUAUAUACACAGAGGCAAAAAAUUAUCCCCGUGAACCUGCUGCUCAUGUGGCAAUAAGAACCGUCCGUCGAUUUCUUGAGAAACAGAAUGAUAAAAUCACAGCUGUUGUUUUUUGUACUACAACGUCAUCUGAUACUGAGAUAUAUAAACGAUUGCUUCCACUUUACUUUCCUCGGGAUAAACAUGAGGAAGAGGUGGCAAUAUCGAAGCUUCCUGCAGAUGUUGGGGAUGAAAAUGGUGAGACAGUUAUAGAUGAACGUAAAAUCAGAAUAAAGCCUUUGCCAAAUGUUAAAAAGUCUAUUCCUAAACCUCCUAAACCUUUGCAAGCGUCAAUGGAUCUUCCUGUCAGCGAUGUUGGCUUGGCAAGACGUAGCUCAUCAUACCUGGAUUCAUAUUUGGAUCCUGCUUUCAUGUCCCUAAUUAAGGAUCCAGAUCAGCGACGCAAGGAACAAUGGGAGAAAACUGCUCAAGCACAAAGUGGAUUUAACUGUGCUAAAAUGCUUGGAUUUGGUAACCUUGGGGGACCUCCAUUGUCUGCUGCAGAAGAAUACUCACUUCAUUCUAGAUAUCUUGCUAAAGCAAAUUCUCUUAAUCUUUCCGAAAUUGCGGAAAUGAAAAUUGUUUACCGUGGUGGGGUUGACAGUGAGGGUCGUCCAGUGAUGGUCGUCGUGGGAGCACAUUUUCUGCUGCGAUGUCUUGAUUUGGAGCGGUUUGUGCUCUAUGUAAUAAAGGAGUUUGAGCCUGUGAUACAGAAGCCUUAUACAAUUGUUUACUUCCACUCUGCUGCAUCUUUACAGUUGCAACCAGACCUGGGAUGGAUGCGGAGAGUACAACAAAUACUGGGUCGGAAACACCAGCGUAAUCUUCAUGCAAUUUAUGUUCUUCACCCGACUUUUGGACUGAAGGCUGCAAUAUUUGCUCUGCAACUGUUUGUAGAUAGUGUGGUGUGGAAGAAAGUGGUUUACGUUGAUCGUCUUCUGCAGUUAUUCAGAUAUGUUCCUCGAGAACAAUUGACCAUCCCCGACUUUGUAUUUCAGCACGAUUUAGAAGUGAAUGGAGGAAAGGGCCUAAUUGUGGAUCCCAGAACAAAGUAUGUAUAUCAUCGACCGUAGGCCUUGCGUAUCAUGCUUAAAACAAGCGACUGAGAAGGUCCCCGGGAUUGCAUUCUCUUCAUUUUCUUAUAUUUUUUUAUUGUAUGUGCAGGUAAUUUGAGAUGGUUGUAGUUGUUGGUUAUUGUUAUAAAGUCACGUGUCACUUCCUUUUUGUCUUUUUUCAUAUUUAUUAUUUUUAUUUUUAUUUUUUCUUUCUUGAGAUAUGUUUUGUAUUAUGUCUGCAGAUGGAAUUAGUUUUUUCUCUGUAAUUUCCUAUUUGUUGGAUGAGUCCUUUGCCAAUAAUCCAAAAUGAUUUGAGCAUUGAUUGAA